AGCACCGCGCUUGCUCGCAGCACGCUGCUACUACUUCAAGUAUCCCUCCCACUCCUUCGCUUGUCUGAGAUCCAGUUGUAGGCGUCCCGAUCAGUCUCCAGCAAUCGACCAAUUCUUCGAGCUCGUUCUCGAGAGGGCGUUCGGCGUCCGAUAUUCCGCUUCUGGUUCUGAGGUUUUGUCAAGCUCCCGCGAAAAGGUAACAGAUAUUAGUUCAAAAUGCAGAGUCUCACGAGAAUCAUCCAGUCUCAGGGAAAGGCUAUCAGUGGCGGGGUUUUGCAGCGUAUGUCAGUAGCGACUCGAUCUUUCUCCGACACCAAUGCCUCCCAGAAACUUGAGGAUGUGGGUUUUGAGAGCACCAAAAUUUCAGAUAUCUUGAAGGACAAGGGUGACAAAGCGAGCGGCGCAUGGCUCUGGUGUUCAACCGACGAUUCAGUGUAUGAUGCUGUCAAACAGAUGACCAGUCACAACGUAGGAGCGCUGCUGGUCGUGAAGUCCGGCAGCAAGGAAGCCAUUGCCGGAAUUGUUACUGAGAGAGAUUACCUGAGAAAAAUCAUCGUGCAAGGACGAUCAUCUAAAACCACCAAAGUUGGUGACAUCAUGACUGAAGAGAACAAACUGAUUACUGUGAAACCAGAGACAAAAGUUUUACGAGCAAUGCAGCUCAUGACUGAGAAUCGUAUCAGACACAUUCCCGUCGUCGAAGACAAGAAGAUGAAGGGCAUGGUAUCAAUCGGAGAUGUGGUGCGAGCUGUCGUAGAGGAACACCGUGAGGAGCUCAAGCGACUCGAGUCCUACAUCCAGGGAGGCUACUAGAGACUUUCUCCAUCCAUUCCUCUUGCUAAAAUUGGUCGGGGCGCCAUGUAUCAAUGUGAACUUCAGUAUCUACGUUGUACUGUGUACGUCUCCAACUCACCUGACCUUACAGGAGUGUGUACAGCUACGUUCUGUGGAGGUUUGAUGGUUAGAACUCUAUGUACGUAAUGACUUUCCAGACAGUACCAUCUACCUUCUGGGGCAGUAUGUGGAGAUCACCACAGCUAGCACUCGCCUUGAAGAUGUCGAGCAGACCCAGUCUUAAUGUUUCAGACAACGUAUUCUUGUUGUCAAGUCUUGGUUCAUGGACUCUGCGGAUUUGCGAGCACGGGGAACAUGGAUUUGCAGCUGAGCUGCAUUCACAGUGGCCAACAAGAUUCCAGCAGCGAUCUCGUUUCUGAAUCAGGGGAAGAGUAGGUCAGUAGCGUAAAACUCUGAUCUGCUACACCAUUUUAUAGGUGUAUGUAGACGAGGGACAAGCAUGUUCAUGAGAACGAGGUGGACAAACCUGUAAAUAUGCAAAGGAUCGCUAAAUUUCAACUCUACCUUCUCUCUGAGGGUUGACAUUGAACGACAU